AUGACCAAAUUCAGGCCAUGCAUUGACCUGCAUUCAGGACAGGUCAAGCAGAUUGUGGGUGGUACUCUCAGCCAGGUGGCUGCGGACUUGAAGACCAAUUACGUAUCUAAGCUACCGGCCAGCCACUAUGCGGGAUUGUAUCAAAAGCACGACUUGCGUGGCGGGCACGUUGUGAAACUUGGACCUGGAAACGAAGAGGCUGCUCAGGAAGCAUGCAAGACAUGGCCAGGUGGACUUCAAGUGGCUGGAGGUAUCACAGACAAGAAUGCGAAGUACUGGAUUGACCAAGGCGCCGACAAGGUAAGGCUUGUGAUCAUCACAUCAUUCCUCUUCCCAGAGGGUAAGUUCUCUCUGGAGCGCCUUCAGUCAGUUCUCUCUGCUCUGGAUGGUGACAAGUCUAAGCUUGUGCUGGACUUGAGUUGCCGCAGAAAAGACAACACCUGGUUUGUCGCCAUGGACCGUUGGCAAACCAUCACAGAGAUGGAAAUCAACCAGGAAUCCAUUUCUCUCCUCGAACCAUACUGCGCUGAAUUCCUGAUUCACGCCGCGGAUGUCGAGGGUCUUCAACAAGGUGUUGAUGAAGAACUUGUUUCACGAUUGGCUGAAUGGUGUACCAUUCCAGUGACCUAUGCCGGUGGCGCCCGUCACUUGCAAGAUCUUGAGAAGGUCCACACAAGCAGCAAGGGCAAGGUGGAUCUGACGAUUGGCAGUGCACUAGACAUUUUUGGAGGCUCUGGGGUGACGUUUGACGAGUGUAUUGAAUGGAACAAGACACAUUAA